CUUCGACGCGCAGAUUUUCGCGCCCAAACCCGCCAAAGAUCCGCGAGACAGUCUGCAGACGAGAGGUCGAUGUCGAACCGUCACCGCGGAGUCGCGUGUGGUGCUGCCCUCACAGGAGCCUUCCUUGCGGCUCCCAGUUUUCUAGCGCCCAAUGGCCAGACGCCCAGCGUUCCUCGCGUGCAGGGCAUCGUGUCUUACCAAGCUCAGGGAAGAAGUCCAGGAUCCGCUAUUCCGGGCCUGGCGGUGGCGGGUGUGGCCACCAGUGCAUUGGCAGCUCUCAAGGUUGGCAAGACCACUUCGAAGACCAGCCGCCACUUCUUUGGCGGCACUAGCCCUGCGACCUUCGAUCCCGCCACACAGCUGGGUGUGCAGGUGGGACCGGUCACGACCAACCGAUGUGGCGGGACCAGAGGAGGCCACGAAUUCAUCAAGGAGGUUCCUAUUUGCCCCGCACGGAAGGCGAACAAGGGGGAGCCUUUGGGACCUUCUUAGGCCGGCCUUGGGUGCGAGGCCUUCCUUUGAUCUACUCAGACGCUCAUGGGCUCAUAUGGAGGGGUCGGACCCUCAUAUGGAGGGGUCUGGGGUCUCAAAUCCCUAGGUUUUGAGGGACCAAGGGCUGUUUGGAGCGUCUGGGUAGGUCCACAUCUUCUUCACAGUAUUCUUCCCAGUCUGACGAGCAUCUUCCCUGAAUCCACGCAUGCGUCCCACUGGCGCAAAACAAAACGCAUCACUUCGACCUUUCAACGGAUCAAACCAAUUCAAUUGGCUGUCAGGAACCCAUCGGUUUCUGGGAUCCCUUGGGCCUACUAUGAUCCACUUCGUCGCACACACACCGGAGGC